UGCCAUUCCAUCCACCACAGGAGGGUGAGUGGCAGAGCUGGGCCUCAGGGCUGGAGCCUGCAGCCAGCUUGGCCCCAAGCCAUGGAAUCCUAAGGCAUCUCCGGGGGACAUGUCCAUGGACAGGACAGAAGAGGGGCCGGGCAGACACCCCGCAGUGGCCGUGCUCCAUCCCCCUGGGGCAUCCCGGGCUCUCCCUGCCUGGGGAGCGCAGGGCUGGGCUGUGUUCUCCGGCCUCUCCCGCAGCCCCUCAGCUCUGGCUGCGCUCGCUCUUUGCCAGAUGCAGCCCUGGAGCGCACACAGGAGCAGCAAUCCAGCCGUGGUCGCUUCCAAAGAACAGCGCAGGUACCUGCAGCCAUCCCCCCCUGGGCUGGGCCUGCUGCCCCUGCUCAGCCGAGCACCGUGUGUGGAGCACUCCAUGGAACACCCCUGGCUUCUUGCCCUUCUCCCACAGCUCGUUUGCAACUUCCUCAAGAGCAUUGGGCAGGAAGAGAGCAGCACCAUGGGCACUGGGCUCAGAGCACACUCAGAGCUCCUCAAACAUCAGACCAGUGCCGCCCUGCUGGAUUUGCUGGUGGAGAAGGGUGUUUCCAGGCCAGAACAAGUGCCCGCCAUGGUGAGGUUCAUCCACCAGUGGCUCAUGGCCAAUGACUCUGCCGAGCACAGGCUGGACAAGACCCUGCUGCAUCUCACGGAAGCACACCCGCAUGAUGCAGUCAUGACGCUCCUGCGUGUGGCCCCGUCCUGUGACAGGUAUGGGGCCCACCAGCCCAGAGGGCUCAGGGCUCCCCAGCCCAUCACCCUGUACAGCCUGUGCCAUGUGUCUGAGCAGCAGAGAGUUCCAGGGCCCUCUGGCUGCUCCCUAUCCCAGACCUGGCAUGCCAGCCCCCAAGCCUGCUGCCAUGCUCCCUUGCCGCCCCUCAGGGCUCUGUCCCCACAGGGCUGGGCUGCCGGGGUGCUGCUGGAGAGGCACAGAGGCAGAGCCAGUGAUCAGCCCGGAUCCCUGUAGAUGCCCAGGCCACGGUGCUGUGUCUGAGACCCCCCUGAGACAGAGCUCUAACCCUGCAGAGCUGCCAUGGCCCUGUGGAAGACCAUCAUGUGCUCAGCCAGGACUGCAGAGCUGGCACAGCUGAGACUCCUGGAUGUGCUGGGGAGCUGGCCAGUGCACAGCACGUGCACCUCCGAUGGGAACAACACGGGUGUCUUUGCCCUGGCUGUGAGUUUCUGCAAUGGCCUUUGCUGGCAGCAAGGCCGCCUCUCCAGCAGCUCUCCAUCCUCCUUCCCCCGCUGCAUCUCCCGGCCUCGGGCGCUGGCCUGACACCUGGCCUAGGGGCAGCUUCAGGGCCACCAGGCCCCGUGCUCCCCCUGCCUCUCUCCGGGCCUCUCCCUGCCACGCUCGGGCCCUGCCACACGGACACCUCAGCCACACUGAGCGCUGUCUCGGGGGGCUUUGUCCUUUGCAGGCAACUGUGGUGAUGUGGAAGAUCCUCCAGGAGCCCCGUGUCCCACGUAUACUGAAGGUGUAUUUCCCCCACCUAUUUGUGCAUCUGCUCU